ACUUAAUUAAUAUUGUCUCAAGUAAAUGAAAAAUUCUCCAAAAUAAUUAACUAAAAUCCAACUAAAAGUUCUCCGAUUCACCUUCAUAUUUUAACCUCAGGUUUUCCUAUCGAUUUUUCCGAAAUUUUAACUUCUAAGAGACUUUAAGAAAUAUAGUGAUCGAUAAAAUUCAAAUCGAUAUGGAGAGAAAUACCGGUCGGAGGUUCGAAGAAGAGGCAACGGAGCAGCCUGUGGAUUAUAGCAAAAAGUAUUCCGAGCGAAAAUCGGCGAGACAAAAUCCGAUCGAUGGAUCCUGUAAGAAAGAAUUCGUUGAUAACCCGAAAGUCGAUUUAUUCGGCGAUUAUGCGGAAACCGAUCUCGAUCAGCCCACGGAUUAUAGUUUACGAUACGCAGAAGACGAUACCGAUGACGAGGAGAAACAAAAUCCAGAAUACUUUUCAGAAAGUGUCCAGGAAGACACAGUGAAAACGUAUUGCACCGAAGGAACGCCAUACGAAACGCCUUUUAACUUUUCCACUGCGACCUCCAUGUCCGAUCUGCGUCUUGAAGAUACAAAGGAGCCUGCAGAUUCGCAAAAAAAACUCCACAAGAAGCCAAUCGACCUCGCCCGUAAGGAUGAUUUGACCUACGAGCAAAAUCUUGGAGUGAAUUGCGUUGAACGGCAAUCGCUUCUUGUCGAGAAAGAAAUAGAAACCACAAAAGCUGCACGAAUGCGGAAACCAGAUUGUCUGUCGCCCGAAAAAUUGCUCGACUAUUAUCAAUCUUCAUCGUCUGAUGGAUUCUCUCGUGCAAAUUCUCUGAGCUCUCUCGGUGGGACCACGACGCAAAGAAACAGCAAUGGAAAUGUUUCCAAGGCAUCUUCGGUGGAAACUACGGAUAAAAUGGACAGUAGUGGGUCGGAAAGGAUGGACCGUGGAGCGAAUGGAUCCAUAGUCAAUGAACCAGACAGUCCCACAGAAGGGAAAAGCAACAACAGAGUUGAUAAAGAAGGGAAAAUGGUGACAUUUAGUAGACAGGACUACUAUGCAGAGCAAACUCCAUUGAUGUUUUCACGCUGCAGUUCGCUAGGUUCAUUGAGUGGUUUUGAGCAACACUCUAUACACGACGACAGAAGCUCCGUCGUCAGCGACUUCAGUCGCAGAACCAGCGGUGUUGUGUCCCCCAGUGAGCUGCCUGAUUCUCCCACACAGACCGUGCCACCCAGUCCACGGACACACAAGAGUCAGUGCACGGAUUUCAUAAGCAAAAUACCAGAAGAAGCAGUAAGACCGUCCGUUCGACAUUUAUCGUACUCAAAGUGCCAUGUGCCACGGACCAGUGUCUUUGAGGAUGACAUUGCCACUUUCAAGGAAGAAUCCACACCAAUCGAGUUCUCUACUGCAACUAGUCUCAGUUCUCUGACAAUAGAUGACGAGAUGAAGAUUACUAAUGGUUCCAAGGCACAGAAUGAAUUGACAGAUUCGAGUGAUAAAACUAUUAAAGAAGAUUCAUGCGCGGAGAAAGCGACACAUGCAGAUACUGAGAAAGAUCAGGAACAGGUCAGCGAUGGCGACGAGGAUGACGAAGACAUGUUGGCUGCAUGUAUCAGUAUGGGCAUACAAAAUAAUAGGUACAGGCAGUCCUUUAAAACUUCUGGUAUUCAAAAACCUGUUCAAUCUGAGUCUUCUAUGCUGUCACGCUGUCAGAGGCCAGCAGUUUUAAACUCUUCGAAACCAAACAAAAACACUAUAGAAGUCAUAGCGCCAGACACAGUGCACGUUUACUGCACGGAGGACACACCAGCAGACAUUUCCCCAGUUGGGUCGCAAUCGAACCUUUCUGCACUCUCCAUGCCAAGUGUUCAAGAAGGCAUGGAAAGGAUCAAAGAAGACAAACCCUCCAGCGAAGUCGAAUCCCAGAGAAACGAUCUCUCUGACGAAAGUUCUAAUCUUUCUGGCGAAGAUGAAAAAAUUCUGGACGCGUGUAUUCAGUCAGGAAUUCCAAAAGUUCGACAGAUUACACCGCCACCGAGUUGCAUUCCCUUUACGCAAAAGGGAGAAGCAGCUACACAGAGAUUUAAUAUCUGUGGCACACCUUCGUCCUCUCCUGUUGAAAGUGGGAACAAGAACCUUGGAAAAAGUCUGGAGCAUCCAACUUUGGACAAUGAUAUGUUCGACGAUAGUCCUAAUCAUUCUGACGAUGAAGCUGUUUUGAACGAAUGUAUUCGAUCUGCUAUGCCAAAGGUACGAUUGAAUGUUUCGACGUUGACGGGACACAGUUUGUCGCAAACUUUAGAGAAAUCGAAACAAACAGUUCGAAAGCCAUCUUGUUCUGCGUCGUACAAUCAGUCGUAUGCAGAGCAGAGUAAGCAAAAAAUGAAGAAACCAGUUGCGUUUGAUGAUAAUUUUAGUCUUUCGGAGGAGGAGGAGGACAUUAUGUUGGCUCAGUGUAUUAAAUCUGGUAUGCCAAAGGCAUUAAAUGUUUCGUCAAACUGUUCCCUGGUGUCUUCGAAGAAACAAUCGGAUCAACACUCAAAGUCGAAAUCCACCUUUUACAUAAACAAGCCCUUCCCGAUCAGGAAUUCCAUCAUCCAAACUCAAUCGACUCCGAAAUCCAUUCAAAACGGACCUGGAUCUAUCCUCCAAUCGCCAAAAAUCCCAGAAAUUAGACGAUCAACGCUCGUCAGACAAAAUCCUCCAUCGUCAUCUUGUAGGAAGGUUUCACAGCCGGAACAAGAUCUCGAAAGUUGUCAAAACCAGAAUGAAAAUAAUUGCAGAUCCCCGAUUUCCAAUGGAACAGACGAAGACGAACCUUGUCGCAAUUCCAAGUCAAACGUAGCUCCUUCUCGCCACAGUUCUGUGAGUUCUUUGAGCGAAGAAGGAUCUCUGGGUUCGAUAGAAGAGUGGACGCUCCUGGAACUUUGCAUAAGUUCUGGAAUGCCAAGAAACAAGUAUCGUCUAAAGGCCAUGAAGUCAGAAAGUUCGAACCAUGAAGAACGUGACGGAAUAAACGAAGACAAUUAUUCGAUUUGUACUUACAAUUCGUACGUUUGCAAAACAUAGAUAAAUCUGUUUUGUUGCAUCUUUUUUUUUUUACUAUCGCAGCGUGUUUGGGGAGGUUGAACUAGGUUUUAGGGUAUUUUUUUUUAGGAUUUCUGGAAAAUUUUAUUCUCAUUUCCAGUUAUGGUAUUGUUUUAGAUCAAUAUUGGUUUCUUUCCGAUACGUGUUUUUAGGAAUAUUGGAUUAAAUCAUUGUGUAGCUUUUCGUUUCAACGUUUGGUUUUGACUGUUUUUUAAUCGAUAUAUUUGUUAAUUGGUAAACGUUGAAGCAAAGAGUAGAUGAACGAUGGUAAGAUGAAGUCUGAAUUGUUGCGUUAUUGCAGUAUGGAUAAUAAUAAAGUCUGUUUAUUAUGAAUGGAACACUUUUCUCCUCCAUUUCCUCUCUCUCUCUCUCUCUCUCUCUCUCUCUGUGUGUGUGUGUGUGUGUGUGUGUGUGUGGGCGCGUGUGUGUGUACUGUUAUUCUUGGAAUAUAAGUGGUCAGCGAUUGCGGUAAAGUAUUAAUUUCGCGACAGUAAGGACGACGAGGUGCACCGUUUGGAAAGAAAAUCGUAGCAAUUAGGAUGAUAAUUCACAGUUAUUAACUUAACUCUAAGCGCGUAGAAUCAUUUUGUUAAAUUGGCAUAUCGUGGAAUAUUCAUAUUUCUGAUAUUUUUUAUAGAUUUUUAAUCGUUCUCUAGCACCAAUUAUUUUGAAAUAUUAUGAUCUGUUGUUUGACUUUAAUUUGAUUCUAAUUUUUACGGAAGACGAAACAGGAGUUUGAGUAACUGACUAAACGAGUAGAAUACUGUUAAAUUAGUAUUUAAGGGAAUUGGUAUUCGAUCGUUAUAAAUUUCUACCGUUCCUAGUAUUAUAAGUUAAUAAAUAAUCCUCGAAACCACCGUCCCUUUUUAGCAGAUUUGAUAUUUGACUGGAUUCUAUAUGAAUUUGUUGCUGCAUUAUUAUUUGUUCUAACGAACAUAGUUCUAUAUAGUUUAAGGAAGUUGUAUUUCAAUUGACUAGGAAUGCAAAUGAACGAUUUCUUAAAGAUUGUAAAUGUAUUGCGUUGGAAUAAAUUUCCAAAGUAUGAGAACUGAUUUUACUGACUUUAACAAAGUUUGAUUUUAAUCGACUACGAGUGAAA